AUGGCAAAGCCGCCACGACGCGCAGGCUCGGGUCUGCUGAAGCUCGUCUUGAAGUCAAGUCCGUCGGCCGUAAACUCGACGUGGACGGCUCAGGGGCAACGUCAGCACAUCUCAUGGAGCCUCAGCCUCGGCCUCAGCCCCAGUCUCAACCUCAACCCCAACCUCACUCCGCACACCGCACAGCUCCGCACCGCAUACCGCCAAAAUUGCCCCGGGGGGCAGGCGGCAACUCAGCCCGGGCCAGUGCCCAUUCCCCGCCUCAACGAGCCCGCAUCAGCCGUAGACGCCACGGCCAAGCUGGAAAGCUACGGAAACGACUGGGCCGGUGUCGUGCCCCUGACGGCACGUGUGUGCUCACUUGUCAUAUUCACCCAGCCUUACCGGGUACAGGCCGCCGCCCUCAUUUCCUCAGCGACCCCGGUAUCCUCGAGCGCCCCUGAGCCGAGCAAGGUUAUCGAAUAG